AUGUCCUCCGACUCCGAAAAGGCCUCCAAGAGGGCCGAGAGUCCCAGCCCCAUCGCCGAAUCUGAUGGUGGUAAUGCUGAUGGUCUUCAUCGCCGUCUCAACAACCGUCAGGUCCAACUUCUCUCCAUCGGAGGCACUGUUGGUACUGGUCUGUUCAUCGGUAUCGGUGCCGGUCUGGCCAAGGGCGGCCCCGGCAGUCUCCUCGUCUGCACAGCUCUCUACGCCAUGGUCCUCGGUCUCACCAACAACUCUAUCGCUGAGAUGAACACUUAUAUGCCUGUCUCUGGCGGUUUCAUCCGUCUUGCUGGACACUGGGUUGACGACGCCCUAGGCUUCAUGGUCGGCUGGAACUUCUUCUUCUACGAGGCUCUUCUGAUCCCCUUCGAAAUCGUUGCUCUGAAUCUUGUUGUCUCAUUCUGGAGUGACACUGUUACUGACGCUGGUCCAACUGCUGGAUUCAUCAUUGCAGUCAUCAUAGCAUAUGGUGUGCUCAAUCUUCUUGCUGUUGGUGUCUUCGGUGAAGCUGAGUUCUGGCUGGCCCUCGGCAAGGUCCUUCUGAUCUUUAUCCUCUUCAUGUUUACAUUUGUGACAAUGGUCGGGGGUAAUCCUCAGGGUGACGCUUAUGGUUUCCGCUACUGGUCAAAUGUUCACGACGCAUUUGCUACAUUUCGUACUGAAGGUGAUCUUGGACGUCUCGAAGGCUUCAUGGGCGCAUUGGCAUCCGCUGCCUUCUUUGUUGUCGGUCCUGACUAUAUCUCCAUGGUCGCCGCCGAAUCUAAGCACCCCAGCCGAUAUGUCAAGACUGCCUUUAAGACUGUCUACUUCCGUUUCGGCCUCUUCUUCAUCGGCGCUGCUUUGACUUGUGGCAUCGUUCUUAGCCACACUGAUGAGACUCUUGUUGAGGUCCAUCUCGGCACCGGAUCCGGCCACGGCACAGCUGCUGCCUCGCCGUGGGUCAUCGCCAUGUCUAACCUUGGAAUCGAGGGACUGCCCCAUCUCGUCAACGCCCUCCUUUUCACGACUAUCUUCUCUGCCGGUAACACGUACACAUACUGCGCAACUCGUUCGCUGUACAGUCUCGCCCUCGAUGGCCGUGCACCUGCCUUCCUUCGUAAGACCACCAAGAACGGUAUUCCUAUCUACUGUUUCGCCGUCACCAUGGUCUUCCCUCUGCUGGCCUUCCUUCAGCUCGACAGCUCGUCCGCCGAGGCCCUGACCAUCCUUCUCGCUCUCAUUACUGGAGGAGGUAUCGUGGAUUAUAUCACCAUGAACAUUACCUUCCUCUUCUACUACCGUGCUUGCAAGGCUCAGGGCGUUGAUCGCAAGAAGAUGCCCUACUUCGGCUACUUCCAGCCCUACUGUGCUUGGAUCGCUCUUAUCCUUCACACAGUCGUUUGCUACACCUAUGGAUACACAUCCUUGGCUCCCUUCAAUGCGAAGAACUUCUUCUCCAACUACACCAUGCAAAUCAUCGCUCCUUUCAUGUAUCUCGGCUGGAAGCUCAUCAAGCGCACCAAGGUCAUCAGUGCCAAGGAGUGUGAUCUUGUCUGGGAGCGACCUGUCAUUGAUGCUUACGAAGAACGCGCCAUGAUCGUUGACCCUCCUACUGGCUUCUGGGAGGAGAUCAUUGGCCUUGCUGGUAUCAAGAAGAACAAGAAGAAGAACGCUGCUGAAGUCCAUGUCUGA